AUGGAUCUCGCCGAAUACCUCUUCAAGCGCCUGUACGAGGCGGGCGCCCGGGCUGUCCAUGGAGUUCCUGGAGAUUACAACUUGACUGCCCUCGACUAUCUCGAGCCAGCGGGCCUUGCUUGGAUCGGGAACUGCAACGAGCUCAACGCUGGCUGCGCAGCUGAUGGCUACGGCCGGAUCAAGGGGAUCGGCGCGCUUAUUACAACCUUUGGUGUGGGCGAAUUGUCCGCCAUCAACGCUAUUGCGGGCGCUUAUGCUGAGAGGAGCCCCCUUGUGCACAUUGUGGGAACGCCGGCACGAGGCCUUCAGCAACGAGGAGCGAGAUUGCAUCACUCUCUCUGCAAUGGCAUCCCAGACGACUAUUCCAUCUUUGCCGACAUGUGUUCCAAGAUAACUCAGCUUCAGGAGAACUUGAUGGACGUGUCAACCGCGCCAGCCCAGAUUGACAGGGCGAUCAUUGCCUGUGUAAGACACAAGCGGCCCGUCUACAUCCAGCUCCCGGCCGACAUGGUCGACGCCAAAGUCCCAUCGGCUCUAUUGUCAACACCUCUUGACUUUAAAUUGGAGGCCAAUGACGACCAGAUGGAGCGGGCUGCCGCUGACGCCAUUGUUGAGAAGAUUCACCAAUCCAAACAACCGUUCAUCCUUGUAGAUGCUGGAGCUUCUCGCUACAGCAUAGCGGCAGAGGUCAACCAUCUUGUCAAGGCAACGGGCUUCCCCACGGCCACAACCCCGUUCGGGAAGGGCGCCGUCGAUGAGACACUGAAAAACUUUCACGGAGUCUACGGUACUGUCGGCGACCAUGUCUUUGUCGACUGUGUCAAGGAUUGCGAUCUAGUUCUCUACAUUGGCCCAUUUGAGAACAACGUCAAUACCUACUACUUCAAGACUAUCCCAGAGGCUUCCAAGACGAUCAGGUUUGAGGAAGACUCGGUUCAUAUUGGCAGUGCCAACGGUGAACACAAGCGAUGGGCUCUACAUCCAGGAGGACUUCUUCGGCGAGUCCUGGCCCAACUUGACAGCGGAGCGCUACGUCAAUAUGUCGAAUAUCCCAAGCAGCUACCUGACCUCCCGGCACAUCUCUUGAGUUUGCCGCCAGUUCAGAAGACUGAUCAUCUGCUUCAGGACACUUUUUGGAAGCGAAUCUCUGAGUUCUUUGAGCCGGGAGACAUUGUCAUGACCGAGACUGGCACCCCAAGUACAGGCGGCCGCGACUUUGUCCUGCCCCGGCAAACGACUUUGGUCAACUCGGGCGUAUGGCUAUCGAUUGGCUACAUGCUUGGAGCCUCGCAAGGAGUUGCCCUCGCUCAGAGGGACCUGGUAGCCGAAGACAGUUCUCGCCGAGGUCGGACGAUUCUUUUUGAGGGUGACGGGAGUUUCCAAAUGACGGCCCAGGAGCUCAGCACCAUUAUUCACAAGCGGCUUGACAUGAUAAUCUUCCUCAUCAAUAAUGAUGGCUAUACUAUUGAAAGGCUGGUCCACGGUAAGGAUGCGGCUUAUAAUGAUAUCGCGCCGUGGAGAUACCUAGAAGCCCCAAGUUGCUUUGGGGCACCGAAUGAUGGCUCGUACAAGACAAUGACGGCAAGGGCAUCAAACUGGGGGGAGCUUAUAGAAAUCAUCUCCAAAGACGACUUCAAGUACGGCUCAGGACUCCGCAUGAUUGAGGUUAUGAUGGAACGGAUGGAUGCACCGGUCAUCUUGAAGCGCUUCCUGGAGAGCUACUCUGCUUCGGCCAGUUAG